CCCUACUAGUCAAUCUCAGAUAAUGAGUCUGCCCAGAAGAGCGAAGCGGUUCCCAAUUUCAAACAAAAACAAGGUCUAUAGAUAGGCUACAGAGGAUUAGAACGGCAGGAAUAACGGGAUUUUUUGUUUUAAAAAAUAAGAAAAUUACACUUGAUAGGUGCAGCUUGUAACCACACUCUGCAAAGCACUGGACCCUGCACAUUUACCAAUUCGUUUGCGUUCACGUUCCAAAUUUAAUUUUGACGCGAAAACCUGAAGCACCUAACCUAACAAGUGCAAUCCUCUAGGUGGCUAUAUCUCGGUGUUCUUACUUGCAACAGUAAACCGACAUUGUACAUUUUAUAUAUUUUUAUAUAUCUUAUUAAUCCACUGAGAAGCCAUGCCGAGGUCGAAUAGGCAAAAAGAAUACAAGCCUGGGGAUCUCGUGUUUGCGAAAAUGAAGGGUUAUCCACAUUGGCCCGCGAGGAUUAACGAGUUACCUGAAGGAGCAGUCAAGUCCCCCGCAAACAAGUACCAAGUGUUCUUCUUUGGGACACAUGAGACGGCAUUCCUGGGUCCCAAGGACUUGUUCCCCUAUGAGGAGGGCAAGGAGAAGUUUGGCAAGCCCACCAAGAGGAAAGGCUUCAGUGAGGGUCUAUGGGAAAUUGAGAACAACCCUACGGUGGUACACGAACCCACAGGCUAUGAGCCGGCAAAGGAGACCCCAGCAGAGGGGAUGGUGGAGGCAGGUGGGCCACGAAAGGGGAAUGCAGAAGGAAGCAGUGAUGAGGAUGAAGGGACCCUCAUCAUCGAUGAGAAGAACGACAGGGGAGUAGCCAAGAGGAAAGCUGGGGGUUCCGUCGAGAGCUCUCCUAAACGACCUAAGGACACAGAGAGCAAAGGUGACUCGAAGGUGGAUAGCAAGAAGUCUGACACCGAGCUGAAGCUCAAUGACAAGGCAGGGCCUAAGCCCACAGCACUGUCUUCCGCAGGCGAACCAAAGCCAGAGGGCCAGGCAAAACCACUGACUGAGGCCCAAUUAACAUCAGAGAAGCCUGUGACUGACAGUGCUUAACAUCAAUCCUCUGAGGAUGACCAAGGACCUGUGGUUUUUCUCCAUGGAAUCUGGGGUGUCAACAUAAUUAGCUAAUCUUUGAAUGCUAGGUUUCUGCUGUUUAAGUAACUGGAAAGUGUUAAGACCUAUAUAGAAAUUGUACAGGCAAAACAAACUUACUUGCCAGUUGGGGGUAUUGAAUAUCCCAGGAUUUAAAUUGUUGUCAAACCAAUAGUGAUGAGAAAUUCAAUGCUCAAGAGGAAAUGGGUUUUGGAUGUAUUAUAAUUUUUUCAAUUAUGAAUUCUAGCUGCUAGGUGUCAAAUGCAUUACAGUUUAGAGAGUACACACGCCUGCCGGUUUCUUAACAAAAAUCUGAACAUAAGCAAACAAAUACAGAAACACAAUUUCGGGGAAAUCUUUUGAACAUCACAUUCAUAAUACAUUUCCAUUUGACAUAAAAAUCCUGCUUAUCCUGUUUGAAUACGUUUUUAGUUUUGAGGUUCAUUGGUUUGAGAAUAUUAGAUAGCUUUUAGCUAUGUCAUUGUGCUUUAUAAAAAUAACAUAUAUUUAUGUUCUUGGCUUUAAGGUGCAUUCGGAAAGUAUUCAGACCCUUGGCUUUUUCCAUAUUUUGUUACGUUACAGUGUUAUUCUAAAAUUGA